AUGGACUCUUCUGGAUCCGAUACGGAAACUUUACUUUCAAAUGGAUCAAGUGGAGAAUGGACCGAUAUACAUCGAAUGGAUCAUAACGAUCAACCGAUUGACGUUGAAGGGUUCUUGAAUAAUGUUCGGAGAUGUAAGUCGUUAUUGGGGGUUGCGAUACCUUUAGGUGUUAUAGUUGAGGUCACGGGAUUGGUUUUGAGUUGGAAUGGGGGAGGUGGGAGAGGGAACCUAAGCACUAUAACAUGUAGAGCAGGAAUCACACCGACCUGGAUUACUUGUGCUAAUCCCCAGCUUCUCAUCUUUUGUCUUUACAUAUACACCCUACUCCACCCAAUAACAUACGAUCCAAUCUCAAGACAUAUCAAGCUCCAUCGUAAAUUAUGCACCACAACCUUUUUCUCCCUCCUCCUUCUUAUCCUCAUUCACCCGAUCCCUUCCAUCGUAUCAAUCAUCAUGACGCAUCAUUCCCCUCCUACAACUUCGACCACGAUUCAAAUAAUCACUUGGGCACGUAGAGUAUGUCUGCUGUUGGUAUUGGUUAUAUCAGGCAGUAUGCGACGCGGACCUAAAUUACGUACCAUACCUAUGAAGUUAGGGACGGGAUUUGGGAUCAAUGAGCAAAAUAAGGAUGUUCCAAAAAUCAGAUUAAAUGGAAGUUGUUCUCCUCUUGAUUUAGCAGAGGUAGAAGAAGGGAAUAGAGUUUUAGAUUAUGGGAAUUGUUCUUUAUUGAAUUUCAUUUUUUUGACUUAUGUGAGUAAUUUGUCUCUUUACAUCACUAUACUGUGUCUUAUGCGUAGAUCAAUGUCUGUAGACAAACUCAGUCUUUCCGACCUUCCUGAAUUAGAAGAAAAGAUUCGGAUAUCAGGACAAGAUGUUCAAAUCUCUAAACGCAAAGCAUUGGAAGUGAACGAGAAAGUCACCAAUUGGAGUCUCCUUCAAGCUGUUUGGACAGGAAGAAUACAUGUCAUCCUAUUUUCAUUAUUUCUGGAGACUCUCAAAACUAGCGUUAGCUUUCUUUCGGUCGUUGCGACACAUGAAAUCAUUCAAUCUUUUAAUCAACCAUUCGGAUCGGACAAAUCUUAUGCUUAUCUCAUGUGUUGGCUUCUUGCCGCUGGUCAAGCUGUUGAAUGUAAUGUUAGAGAAAAUUAUUUACUCCAUCUACCUAUCCGAAUGACUCUUUCGUCUUUGCUUUUCUCGAAAAUUCUUCGAAGCACAGAUGCCAAAGCCAUGGAAGCGCAUAAUGUCACCGAUGACGAGAAAAGCUCAGGUAGUAAAGGUCGUAGUCAAGUAAUGAAUCUUUUGACUAUCGAUACUGGAACCAUCGCUUCUUUAGGUACACACACUUGGAACCUUACGAACGCCAUUAUCGGAUUGGUCAUCGGAAUAUACUUUUUGUAUUCAAUGUUGGGCAUCAGCGCUUUUGUCGGUAUACUUUGUAUACCAUUAAGUACACCGGCUUCGUAUUAUGUUGCAAGACAAAUUUACAAAUGUGAUAAGAAAUUGUCACGUGCGACUGAUGCUCGGACUGGCGCUUUCAAAGAAUUGUUACUUGGGAUUAAAGUGAUCAAGUUGAACGCCCUCGAACCAUUCUACAAACGUCGUAUCACCCAUUUGCGAGAGAACGAAAUACACUUGCAAAGAUGGAGAUUCACCCUUGGAACUCUGUUUAACGUCCUCGCGGAUCAACUUCCCAUACUGGCUAUCUCUAUCACAUUCGUAUUCUAUACUAAAGUCAUGGGAAACCGUCUGGACGCCGCCACAGCGUUCAUCGCUCUUACUGUUCUAAGCAGUGUACCAAGAGUGUACGAGAGCGUACUUCAAGCUCAAGUCUCCCUGGGACGUCUAGUCACCUAUCUCAAUCAACCGGAGAUCAUCGUGGAUGAACCAAGCAAUGGCGAAGAGAUCAUGAUCAGCGAUGCGACUAUCACCUGGCCCAAAGCUGAGAAUGUUGACCUCUCCGAGGUUUUCAAGUUAUCAAAUGUGAAUCUACAAUUACCGACCGGAAAACUUACUCUGAUAUGUGGACCUCUUGGAAGUGGAAAAACAUUGCUCCUCCGUGCUUUGUUAGGUGAAACGACCAUCGAAUCAGGUUUUGUCCAUGCGCCUCGAACAUCCCCAGAUGCCACUCCUCUACCUGGCGAUGAUGUGUCCAGAAGAUGGACGACAGAUCUUUGGCUCACCAAUUCCGUUGCAUACGCUCCUCAGCAAAGUUAUAUUCGACAUGGUACUAUCAGGGAUAACAUACUUUUCGGCCAACCCAUGUGGAGAGAACGGUACGAUGAAGUCUUAAGACAAGUUUCUCUUUUACCCGACUUGGAAAUUCUACCUGAACGUGAUUUGACCGAAGUAGGUGAUUACGGAGUAAACUUGAGUGGAGGUCAAAAAGCUCGUAUCAACUUAGCACGUUGUAUUUAUUCUCGAGCCAAAACGAUAUACCUAGACGACAUUCUCUCAGCCGUUGAUGCUCAUACAUCUCAAUAUAUUCUCAAAGAAUGUUUUCAAGGAUCUAUCGUGCGUAAUCGUACCGUAGUCCUAGUGACUCAUCAUGUCAAUCUUUGUCUUCCAGCUUCAGAAUAUUUCAUUUCCCUAAAAGAUGGUGAAAUCGAACAAGCUUGUCCAUCAAAUCAAGUCAACAUCUCCAACCUCAUCCUCCUUCCAGAUGAACCCAAACCUUCCGACUCUGUCAAUUCUAUGAAGAUCACAAAAACGAUGGAUGAACCAAAUAGGAUUCGACAAGUUUACAAAACUGAACAUCGUGCUAUUGGUAGAGUUUCAGCUUCACAUUAUUGGUUAGUUUUCUCAGCAGCUGGUGGUCCGUUCUAUUGGUUUUUAUUAUUACUUUUAUUAGUAAUGACAAGAUUAUCAGAUGUUUUACAAGCUAUAGUUUUAGAACGUUGGUCUGCGGAUCCGGAUCCUAAUCAUCUCGAUUGGAAUUUAGAAUUAUAUGUCGGCGUGGUCACUCUUGGAGUUGUAUUUGGAGGAUUGAGAUGGAUCUGGUUAUAUGGGAUCAAAAGUGUUGGGUUUACUUCAAGAGCAAGUAGAGUUAUUCAUGAGAAAUUAUUAAAAAGAUUGUUGAAUGCUCCUUUGGGUUGGUAUGAAGGAACACCAGGAGGAAGGAUAAUGAAUGUUGUAGGACAAGAUGUUUGGAAUAUCGAUGCUUGUACACCUGAUGGGUUUGGAAGAACGGUAAUGGUGGCGUUGGAAAUCAGUUCGGCAUUCAUCAUUGUUUGCGCUCAAGCACCGAGUCUGGUGGUUUUCAUUGUUGCAUUGGGUGUUCCGCUUUACUUUCUGAGUGGCAUCCUAAACAAGCUCCGAGCGGACUUACGACGACUUACAGCCACCGCCAGUUCACCGACCAUCACAAUCUACCAUGAUGCCAUAGAUGGGGUAAUCAUGAUUCGAGCUUUCGGUGCUGUGGAAUUGAUGAAAUCUACUAUGUUGGCACUUAUCAACCGAGAGAGGAAAACGACAUUGGUCGAUUUUGCUGCUAUCAUCUUGACCAUCACUAGUAUUGUGGUCAGCGCCACAGGAUUCGUCUUAAUCGGACAACACUUGACGUCUUCGAAAGCGGGUUUCAUACUUUCUUUCGCUAUGUCAGCAUCGCAUGGUCUAUUCGGGUUGUUGGAGCAGUACUCAGGAUUGGAGAGGAAUUUCGUUCAUGCUGAGAGAGUGAAUCAAUACGUUCAACUGCCAGAACAAGAACCUUUAGGGGGUCAAAUCCCUCCUCAGACCUGGCCAUCAGAAGGAAAGAUCGAGAUUCAAGAACUUUCCGUUCGAUAUGCUCCUGAUCUUCCUGAGGUACUUCAUGACGUUUCUCUUACUAUAGAACCCGGUAUGCGGGUCGGUUUGGUAGGUGCCACAGGCUCCGGAAAGUCGACUUUGGCGUUAUCACUCUUUAGAGGUAUCGAACCACACAACGGAAGAAUCCUAGUGGAUGGUCUAGAUAUCGGGAAUUUGGAAUUGCACGAGUUGCGUAGGAGAUUGAAUAUGGUGGUUCAGGAUGGAACGCUUUCUUCGGGGACGUUGAGGGAUGCUUUGGAUAUUAGUGGGGAGAAGGACGAUCGUGAGAUCUACGAGGCUUUGCGUCGGGUUCAUCUCUUGCGUGAAACUACGGACAAGGAUCUCUUACAAGACAACCCAUUCGCCAACCUCGAUACAUUUGUCGCUUUAGAAGGCGCAAACUUCAGUCAAGGACAGAGACAAUUGCUUUGUCUCGCAAAAGCGUUGUUGAAGAAGUCCAAGAUUCUCGUGAUGGAUGAAGCGACAUCUUCCGUUGAUUUUGAAAUGGACGCCAAGAUUACCCAAACGAUCAAGGAAUGUUUCGCGGAAACGACGAUGCUCGUCAUUGCCCACAGGCUGGCGACUAUCAUGAAUUACGACCGAGUGGCGGUACUAGACAAGGGUAGAGUUUUGGAGUAUGGUCGUCCCACCGACUUGAUGAGAGAUUCCACUUCUGCAUUCGCCGCUCUUUGCAUGGCUCAAGGGGAAGAAGAGUUUUCUCGUCUAUCAACAAUGGCCAAUUUGUGA